CACACAUUCAUUUUGAUUUUCUUUCAGUCUCGAUCGUACUUUCAUUACAAGAAGUUGAAUUCUAAAAUUAUAGCGCAUAUUUAAUAAAAAAAAAAGAAAAAUAAAAGUGAUCGGAUUAACAAACUUAUAAGAGAUUAGGAAGAAAUAUACACAAACAUAUAUAUCUAUAUGUAAAUGUACAUAAUAUAUAUUUUGUACAAUAAUUUUAUUUAAUUUUCAAAUUCAAAUAAUAAAAUAAAAACUUCGAUAAUAAGUUUUUAAAAUCAAAAAGAGAAAAUAAUUUUUUUUUUUUUGUAAUAAUUUUUUACAAAAAAUAAAAGACUGUUGUAUUGUAAAUUAUUUUAAUUUUCUUUUAUUGUAAAUCUUCUACAUGAAGAAUUUUAAGAAUAAAGAGAGAAAAAAUUGGAAUAAAUAAAUAAUAAUAAAAAAAUACAUAAGUAUAUAAUUACAUAUAUAAAAAAUUUUGUAAUUUUAAACAAAGAAAAUAAAAAAAUUAUCAAUACUACUACGACGACACUUUAAAAAGCAAGAGGUUAUAAAAAAAUUUAUCAACGAAAAAAAUAGAAAAAAAAAAAACAAAUAAAUAAAACAACAAUCUUUUUCUUUUUCAUAUAGAAAAUAUUGCAAAACAUGUUAAAAAUAAUAUUCAAGUUGCAAUAAAAAGAAUUUUAUUUUAUUUUAUAAAAUAUAUUGUAUACAACCUACAUAUACAUAUAUAUACAGAUGCAUUUAUAUGUAUAUAAGAAUAUACAAAAUAAAAAUAAUUAAUUAAUAUUUAUUAUAAAAAAUUUAUUAAUAAUUAUUAAUAUAAAAAUACAUAAAAAAAUAUUAUUAAUAGUUAAUUAAUUAAAAAUAACAAAAAAUAAAAAAAAUUAAAUAUUCUUCAAAAUGCCGAACGACAAUAACAGUAGUGUUGUUAAUAAUUUACUUAGUGAUAAUAAAACAAAACCAAUAAUUGUUAAAAGUCAAAUAUCACCAAAUCAACCGAAAAAAUUAAAAAAUUUACCACCAAGGUCUCCAGUUGACUUAGCAUUUCAUAAUUUAACAUAUAGAGUCAAGGAAGGCAACCGUAACAAUGCUAAAACAAUACUUAAAAGUGUUAGCGGUAAAUUACGAUCAAAAGAGCUUACCGCUAUUAUGGGCCCAUCAGGAGCUGGUAAAAGUACAUUAUUGAACAUUCUAUCAGGUUAUAAGACAACAAACAUUGAAGGUUCAAUUACAAUGAAUGAUAACGAAAGAAAUUUAAGUGUAUUUCGUAAAUUAUCCGCUUAUAUUAUGCAAGAUAAUCAAUUACAUGGUAAUUUAACUGUAAUGGAAGCUAUGACGGUUGCAGCAAAUCUUAAAUUAAAUAACAAAAAAUUUAACAAACAAGAGAAACAAGCUGUGAUUGAUGAUAUUUUACAAACUUUGAAUAUCGAUGAACAUGCUAAUACAUUAAGCCGUAAUUUAUCAGGUGGCCAAAAGAAACGUUUAUCAAUUGCUUUAGAAUUGGUUAAUAAUCCACCAAUUAUGUUUUUUGAUGAACCAACAUCUGGUUUAGAUAGUUCAACAUGUUUUCAAUGUAUACAUUUAUUAAAAAUGUUAGCUGCUGGUGGUCGUACAAUUAUUUGUACAAUUCAUCAACCAUCAGCUCGUUUAUUUGAAAUGUUUGAUCAAUUAUAUACGUUAGCUGAUGGACAAUGUGUUUAUCAAGGUAGUACAAAACAAUUAGUGCCUUUCUUGGGUAAUUUAGGUUUAGAAUGCCCAAGUUACCAUAAUCCUGCCAGUUUUAUAAUUGAAGUAGCUUGCGGUGAACAUGGUGAACAUACUAGAAAACUAGUUGAUGCAAUUGAUAAUGGAGCACGUGAUAUUAGAACUGCAGCUGAUGUUGAAAAUAUUAAAAUGAGGAAUUUAGUUAAAGUACAUAAUAUACAAACUUCAAAUGAUAGAAAUAAUGCACAAAAUUUAAAUUCAAAUGGUUUCACAACAGAAAAUAAUAGAACAGCUGAUACAUCAAAUGAUACAGCUGCAAUAAAUGCAGCAGAAUUGUUAAACAAAAAUAUUGUUAAUGAUAUUGUUAAAGAAACAAUUACAAAUGGUGUUCAAACUCAAAGUAAAACUGAUUCGAUGGUAAUUGAAAUGGAACGUGAAGAUGGUGUUAGAUCUGCAUUAUUAGCACCAGAUAUUACAUCACCAGAAAGAUAUCCAACAUCUCAAUUUCAUCAAUUUUGGGUGGUGUUAAAAAGAACAUUAUUGUUCAGUUUCAGAGAUUGGACUCUUAUGUACCUACGUCUGUUUGCUCAUUUAUUAGUUGGAUUUUUAAUUGGUGCUCUCUACUAUGAUAUUGGAAAUGAUGGAGCUAAAGUACUAAGUAAUUUAGGAUUCCUGUUCUUUAACAUGCUCUUCUUAAUGUACACUUCAAUGACAAUUACAAUUUUAUCAUUCCCUCUGGAAUUACCAGUUUUAUUGAAAGAAAACUUUAAUCGAUGGUACUCUCUUAAAUCAUAUUAUUUGGCUAUUACGGUUUCAGAUUUGCCAUUCCAGGCCAUUUUCUGUGUACUUUAUAUAUCGAUUGUAUACUAUUUUACGUCUCAACCUUGGGAACUCUGGAGAUUUUCAAUGUUCUUAAUAAUAUGUUUAUUAAUAUCAUUUGUUGCUCAAAGUGUUGGUUUAGUUGUUGGUGCUGCAAUGAAUGUACAAAAUGGUGUAUUUUUAGCUCCAGUAAUGUCUGUACCUUUCUUAUUGUUCUCUGGAUUCUUCGUAUCAUUUGACGCGAUACCAGUUUACUUAAGAUGGAUUACAUAUCUAUCAUAUAUACGUUAUGGUUUCGAAGGUACAGCAUUAGCUACAUAUGGAUAUGGUAGAGAAAAGUUACAAUGCUAUCAAACUUAUUGUCAUUUCAAAUCUCCAUUAACAACACUUGAAGAAUUAGAUAUGGUUGAUGCUGAUUUUACUUUAGAUAUUGUUGCUCUUAUUGUCAUAUUUAUUGUAUUAAGAGUUGCAGCAUAUCUUUUCUUAAGAUGGAAAUUAAAAACAACACGAUAAUAAUAUAAGAAUAUUAAACUAAAUAGUUAUAAGAACAUGGUUUUUUUUAUAGUAUUUAGAUUUCUAUUGGUAUUGAGUUAAAAUUAAGAAUUUGAAAAAAAAAAUAUAUAAGACAAAAAUUAAGAGAAAAUUAAUUUUAAAUAAAUUUAUUUACAAAAAUGAAUUGUCAAACUUUGUAAGUGGUUACAAAAAUUUUAUAAUUAUUAUUGUUCUAAAUUUGAGAACCAUAUAAAUUAAAAAUAAAUUUAAAAUGCUUUAUGUACAACAUUAGUUAUUUACUAAUGUUAUUUGAGAAAAUUGAAUUGUUUCAAAAAGAUGUCAGGCCCAACUAUAGUUACAAAUUUACUCUAUAUUUAGUAAUUAAAACUUUUGCAAAAAAUAGUAUUUGAAAUACAACAUUGCAUUCUAACUGACUUGUAAACGUAAUCUAUUGCCAAAAUUUUUUAAAAUAUUAAAUUUAUUACCAAUAUUUCCGUUUCCUUUUAAUGUUAUGAUACAACAAGGGUUAUAUUUAUAUAGGCGAUAAAAUUACAUACAUGAAUAUUUUAAAUGUAAAAUUUAAACGAAAUUCACGCACAUUAAACAGUCCAAAAAUUAUCAUUAUUGUCCUAUACCAUCAUAACAAAUUCAACUACUAUUAGAAAAAAUUUGAAAAAUAUAAAAAUAUAUAGUAAAUAAAUUUGUAAAUUUAAAUUUUAGUGCUAAAAAUAUUUGUAAAACAGAAAAAAAAUGUUGUCAUCUUUAAAAUCAUAAACUCCAUUACAAAAUAUUAAAAUUUCUUAUGUUAUAGAAUUAAGAAACAUAAUAGUAAAACUUUUACAAUUUAUCAAAAAUUUUUAUGGGUAUUAAAUGGAAUUUUGAUUCUUAAAAUUUUUAUUUCUUCAAAAUUUUUUUCCCGUGUUUUAAACACACAUUUUUUUUUUAAAUAUGUGUAGUUUUUGCAAAGUAUUUUUGUCUGAAAAUUUUUUUACAAAGCGAAAAAAAAAUAUUAGAGAAUUUAUCAAUUAUAGACUAAAUUUAUAUAAUAUAUGUAUGUUUUAUAUUAAUAACAAAAAUUUAAUAAAAAUUCAAAAAAAAAAUAAUAAAAUAAAAUAUUUGUGAUAAAUUUAUACUUUGCGAUUAUUUAUAUAUAACUAAUAAUUGAAACAAAAUAUAAAAAUAAAU